AGACUGUGAUCAAGGUUUGAAACUGACUUCAGCACAGUUGGAUAUAAGGGCAGGAGAACAAAGGGUGACUCAAGUAAUGAACGCUGUCUAUGCUUUAGGCAAAGGUCUAGCAGAAGCAAAAAAGAGUUUGUGCGAAAACGGAGAAUUUCCAUGCUCUUACUUUUACAAACGAGCAAAUCAGGUUGUAGACUACAUUAAAAAACAGACCCGUCUUCAAGGAGAUCUGAUGUACAAAGUUUUUGACAAAAAUGGGAAUGGAGCGUUGGGAUUUGAUGUUUACAACAUUCAACAGGUGGCACCAGGUGUUAAUCCAUAUGUUAAGGACCUGUGUCAACACUGUCCAGCACCCAGGGUAGCCAACAUUGACGAAACCAGUGAACAGUCUUCAUCAUCAAUGUCUAAUUACAGACAGUCAGACAUUUUGAUUAUUUCUCUUAUUAUAGUCCUGAUCCUGGCUGUUUUGGUAGCCAUUUGUGCAGUGAUUAUUUGCUUCACCACCAAAUACCGAAAUCUGAAGAAAUCUCUGGAGAGUUGUAAAGAAGAAAUUUAUGAUGAACCGGACAGAGUCGUGUAUCAGCCAUACACAGAUACACAUGGUAUUAGGUUUGCUAAUGCUAUGAAUCCAUAUCCUAUUAUAAACAGCGUAGGAGUCAGUAAUUUUGGCAACAGUACUUCAAAUGUCAGUGGUGGUGUUAAUAAUCUAGCUUUUAUAAAUGAUAAUAGUGAUUCAGUAUCUCAGGUUAUAGCCAUGGGAAAUAGGAAAACAUCUGUUCAAACUGAUCCUCAAAAUCGAAGAAGUAAUCCUGUAUCACUGGUUUCAUCUGGGCAGCUCAUGUCUCCCCAUUCAAGCCGCCCUUUGCCUGUAAGUCCCAUUGGUCAAAGUUCAUCCAGUAGAAACAUACAUGGCAUGGAAAACAGAGUAAUAUACCCAUCUAUGUCUGCCAUGGGUAGUCAGAAUGAUCCAGCAAGUAUGAAAAGGAGCUUAGACUCACAGUCUCUUGCAAAUGAACAAGUGUAUUUGGUCACUUCAAACUCUGUGAAUGGAAACAAUGCAUUUGAUCCUGUGGAAGGAAUUGUGUACUACAUGCAGGGACCAAAUGGCCAGCUAGCACCCCAUAUUAGCUCUUCUCUGCAAGAGGCUUCAGUCCAGCAGGGAUGUUUGCCUUUACAGCAACAGUCAUCUGUUCAUUCUCAGAACUCCCUUUCCAGCUCUACAGUUAAUCCAUCAUAUGGGCCUUACAGUACAGCUGCUCAUCAUAGACAAAAUGUGUUGAAGAAUCAGGAACAGCAAAUGACAUUUUCAAACAGCAACCCAACAGCUGCAGUAAUAUAUGGAAAUCCACCAACAGCCAGUGAAUACCCUAAGAUUACUACUGCCACAAAUGCAAGACAGUUACAGUCCUUUGGGAAUAAUAAUGGAGAUCAAGAAAUUGUCUAUUCACCAGUACUUUAUGCAAGUCCAUCAAGAGACACCAUGGAAUCUACACCUCGCAAUAUUGCCACAUCACCACAUUAUCAGCAACCAACAUCACACACAAACCAGCAUACCCGAACAGGUUCAGUGCUCAGCAGCACCAGCCAGCCUACAAGUGUUGUCUAUAAUACUGAGGGUGAUCAAGAUAAUUUUCAACAUCAUGCAGGACAGAUGCUUCAAGAGCAACAUGAGCUUUCUCAGUCACCAGAUAGGUCUCCAGACCAAAGUCGACAUAGCAUGAUCAGCUCAAGCUUUCCCGAUGUUGUUGGAGAAAGCUCACUGGCUGCUGAUGAUCUACAGAGGCAGAUCAGUCUAGAGUCUAUUGAUCUUACCUCCAGUAAAGAUUCACUGGAUGAUCUUGACAUAAAUAUUAAAUAUCCAGGCAAAAACAAAAAUGACAAUGCUAUUUUACGAGCCAUCACCGCACUGAGUGGAAAUAUUAGCAAAGUGUGA